GUGUCCUACCAGACCCUAACAGACGACGCGCUGUAGUGUCGAAAUAUUUUUGAAAGGGGCUAGAAACCAAGUUUGAAUAUUUCGCGUCAUUAGUCGUCCAAUCUGCAAGGGAAUUGAAGAUGGUGUCGGCCGAGACAGAGGGGCGAACUAUUGGCAACAAGCGAUCUAGAGGAGCCAGUCCUAAUAACGGACACUAUUCGGGAGAUAGUGAAGAAGACGAACGCGAAGGAGGAAAUGGAGGGAUGCGUGUUGGUAGAGAUUAUCAAGCCCAGAUACCACUCUUGACACCAUUAGCAGAUCGCAAACCUGAUCAAUAUGCUGAAAGAGCCCUUCUGGUGUGGUCUCCAACCAAUGACAUACUGGAUGCAAAGUUGGAAGACUACAUCAGUGUGGCUAAAGAAAAGUAUGGAUACAAUUCUGAACAAGCAUUGGGCAUGCUGUUUUGGCAUAAGCAUGAUUUGGAAAAAGCCUUGAUUGAUCUUUCCAAUUUUACUCCCUUCCCUGAUGAGUGGUCAGUUGAAGAUAAAGUGCUCUUUGAGCAAGCAUUUCAAUUCCAUGGCAAAAGUUUCCACAGAAUUAGACAAAUGUUACCAGACAAGUCUAUCGCUGCUCUAGUUCGUUAUUAUUACUCUUGGAAAAAAACAAGAGCGCGAAGCAGUUUGAUGGAUCGUCAAGUCCGCCGUAUGGUUACCCAAAGAACUGGAGAAGAAUCGAAUACUGUUGAGGCUGUUGAACCAGUCGUAGCCGUCGUUGUUCCAAGUGAUAGCGAUGAAGACAAAAAUGAUAACAAAGAUGGAGAUUCUGCCAAGAGUCUAUGCUUAAACUGUGGGAUAAACUGUAGUCAACUUCAAGCUACUGCCAAAGGAGCACUUUGUUCCACCUGUGCUAAUCACCUCAAGCGUACUGGUACGAUGCGUCCCACAACUGGGCCAAUUCGCCGCGACAAGCCUGCAGGACUUGCUUCAUCAGGACGUCACAAAAGAAAGCCUCCUAGGGGAAUGUAUUUAGAUCACGAAGAUUUAGUUACAUUUUGUGGAGAGUCUGAAAUCCAAAGUGACGCUGUGCUGAAAGGAAUGAAUGGUGAAAUAGUUGCUCUCAAGCGCCUGGUGCAGAAAAAUAAACAAGUACUGAGUGUUCUGACGAAAAGAGUGAGUGACGGGCUGUCCUCAUGGAAACCACCCGACAACAGCGGCCGCAUUAACGCUCGAUGGACAAGUGAAGAACUUUUGAUCGCAGUUCAAGGUGUCCGCAAAUACGGUAAAGAUUUCAAAGCAAUCGCUGAUGUCAUAGGUACCAAGAAUGAAGCGCACGUGCGCUUGUUUUUUAUAUCCUAUCGUAAGCGCUACAAUCUUGAUGCUGUUCUUAAGGAAUACGAAGAAGAAAACGGACCCAUUCCCGAAGAUGAAAAGAUGGAAUUGGAAAUGUCGUCAGGUAGUGAAUCAGUCACGCCUACUGGUAGAGGUUCACCGGUCAUGUCUGGGACAACUCCUCAAAAAUCUAGCUCCAAAUCUGUCGCUGUCAGCGCCCCAGCCGCCUCUAAAUAGUGAAAUUGCCGCAUGGGAAACUUACUCUUUCUUUAAUCCUCACCAAUCAGCUGUAACUGUCCGUAGUCUUCGAAGCCAUUGUCUCGCGUCAAUUGGUUUCAACAUUUAAAUUUUUUUCUUCAUUUUUAGAAUCACAACUAGUUACUGAACUAAGACUUUAUGUUGGCUUGGUUACAUUCGCGUAGAUCAAUCUUGUGUCGAUUUUUUACGACUUGAAUAAACAAUGUACUUGCCGUGUA